AUACAGCGUACAGCUCUAGAUGCUUGAGGGGACAGAUACCUUGGCCCCGCUCCCUCCUCCUUCGACCACCGCCCCCUCCCCGCUUCAAUCGCUACUCGCUGCUCAGACGGCGACCGUCUCCCAUCAAAUUGGCUCAGUCGCACCGAGACAACAUGGCUCCAAGACUUUGUCACUUUCUCAGAAGCAGAUGACUUCGAGCUGCGUCCUCAGUGAUGAAUCCUGGUAUGCCCGAGGUACGCAUUUGGCUGGAAGACGCUCUCGCAUCUGAGCUGUAUGCUGAUGAUCAUUACGCGUCAGGUUUGAUCAAUGUCAGCAGCGACCAUGUCUUCUCGUUUAAAUGCGCUCCCUGCUCCCUAGCACAGAAGUCGGAUGUCAUGAUCCAUUGCAAGAACGCCUCAAGACACACAAAGGACCCGGGUCAUGUUCAAGGGUUGUUUUCUUUCUUUCUCAAACAGGAGGGCAAGAAAGUAGAGAAUGACAUCGAGAUUGUGAGGAGCAAGCUUGCUGAGUGUAUGGAGGGCGACGUGAAAGAUAUAGAUUGGAUGAAAGGAUUCGCAGACAGGAUUCAGGAAGUGUUGAAGAACAAACCAGCUUGGCAGUCUAUGAUUCAGCAGCAUAUCGACCAUUCAUCCUCGAUCUACUACCACUGCUCCGCCUGCUCCAUGAACACUGGAUCCAGCCCACAUCUGGAAAUAUCAGUCGGUUUGCUCAUCCGGCAUCUCCGGGAUGCAGACCAUAUUCAACGAGUGCCCCACAAAGACGCACACGACGUAUGCGAGUCGAAUGCCUCGGUCCCCUAUAAACCCGAGUGUGGGCUAUCUCCUCCCACCUCGAUCCCCGCUGCUCUCCCACAGAGUGCAUCUGCCAGCGUCCCAUCCUCUCCCCAUGCGGACUUGCCCGUACCAGGUACCAGCUCGUUGGACCUCGACGACGACGCUCCUAUCAAUAUUGGAGAAUCCACAAGCUAUGAACCUUCUGAUCCCAACAAUAAGGGCACGCUCGAGGCCUUUACAAGCUCUCUGCUUCCACGAUCAUCCUCCGCAACAUCUUUCUCCACGCCAUCGUCCUCCAUACUCAUCACGCCCAAGGCCUCCAUCUCAGUUCUGCCACUUCUUCCACUUUUGCCCCCGAAAUCUCUCACUCACUACUUGAAUCAGCACCUCAAACGACCUUCUUCCGCGUUAUCCGAUCGAGAGGCUAGCUGCCAACAACGCCCAAGAUUGGUCGCACACCCGUCUUCUGGUGGGAGCGAAGGCGGUGCUUCGCGGCCGGCGCUUUCGAGAAAGGGUCGUGCUGAAGAGGAAGCGACCGCCAACAAAGAUCUGAUGAACGAAGAAGUGUGCAGUGGCAGUGGGACGCUGUAUCAGCAGGCGCUCAAGUCCGGUGAUCUUCAUAUCAAAGAGAUAGAGAGACGUGGCGAGAAGCUAAUGGCAGCCUUCAAAGGUCUUUUCGAAAGUGGUCUAUAACCUCGCGUUGAGUCUCGCCGCAUUCUGUAUAUGACUCGUACGAUUACUUCAUCCACCAUGCGUUGAUAUAUCUCUCCGGUAGGCACAGUUUCCAAGCAGGCCCAAGACAUAGUGGUGUGGUACUUUGGUAAACCAACUUCUGAUGCAUCAUACUCAUGUUUAUGAACA